UUUCCCCCAUUUCUUGGCUCCCCUCCCACGAAAGAACACCUUUUUCACCUCCCCACGUGAAUAUAUGCCGUGCUUCUUUUACUCGGGCCGCAAAAGAUAGCGCGUCCGUCGCAUCGCUCGGACGACAGUGCUUUGGUGGCUCUUGCGUUUCGCACCCUGGAAUUAUGAAGCGCUCGCGGCGCCCGAAGCAGCAGCGUCGGACAAGCGACGAAGAAGAACCUUUAACCACGGCCGAACGUCUUCAAGGCCCAGAGAACCUCGAACUGCAAGCGAUGUGCGGGAAAUUGCGAGGAAUGGUGCCUGGCUCGUCACCUGGAACGCGAGAAUCUGUCAACUGCGUGGACAUUGUGCGAGGCGCCGACGAUUACAUCGGGCGUCAUCUGCAGCAGCUGUUCGAAAUUUGCGACGACGUUCCCGAGCGCUGUCAGCGUUCCGCCAAAGUACAGCGGACGGGAGAUGAGCGCGCCAGCCUUCUUCCGCCUUUGGACAGCCGCGUGAGCGACUUUCCACCAACCUGUCCGCUCACCGGACAGUCCUCCGCUCUUCAGCCGCCUGCACACAACCACGGGCCCGCCAAGUCCUCCGACGUUGAUCCGCCUGCAUACAACCGCAUGCCCGUCUGGUCCUCCGACCUUGAUCCGUCUGCAUGUAACCAAGUGCCCGUCUGGUGCUCCGACCUUGAUCCGUCUGCAUGUAACCAAGUGCCCGUCCCGUCCUCCGGCCUUGAUCCGUCUGUACUCAAACAAGUGCCAGUCCCGUCCUCUCACCUUCUUUCACCUUUACAUAACCAUGUGCCCGCCAAGCCCUCCCAUUGUGAUCCGCCUGCAUACAACGACGUGCCCGUCUGGUCCUCCGACGUUGAUCCGCCUGCAUACAACGACGUGCCCGUCUGCUCCUCCAAAGUUGAUCCGUCUGUACGCAACCAAGUGCCCGUCUGGUCAACCGACCUUGAUCCGUCUGUACGCAACCAAGUGCCCGUCCAGUCCUCGCAUCUUGAUCAGUGUGUACGCAACCACGUGCCCGCCAAGUCCUCCCAUUGUGAUCCGCCUGCAUACAAUCACGUGCCCGUCUGGUCCUCCUACGUUGAUCCGCCUGCAUACAACCACGUGCCCAUUUGGUCCUCCGACCUUGAUCCGUCUGUAAGCAACCAAGUGCCCGUCCCGCCCUCCGACCUUGAUCCGUCUGUAAUCAACCAUGUGCCCGUCCCGUCCUCCGACCUUGAUCCGUCUGUAAGCAACCAAGUGCCCGUCCCGUCCUCCGACCUGGAUCCGUCUGUAAGCAAUCAAGUGCCCGUCCAGUCCUCUCACCUUCUUUCACCUUUACACAACCGCGUGCCCGUCUGGUCCUCCGACGUUGAUCCGCCUGCAUACGACGUGCCCGUCUGGUCCUCCGACGUUGAUCCGCCUGCAUACGACGUGCCCGUCUGGUCCUCCGACGUUGAUCCGCCUGCAUACAACGACGUGCCCGUCUGGUCCUCCGACGUUGAUCCGCCUGCAUACAACGACGUGCCCGUCCGGUCAUCCGACUUUGAUCCGUCUGUACGCAACCAAGUGCCCGUCCGGUCAUCCGACCUUGAUCGGCCUGUACGCAACCAAGUGUCCGUCCAGUUCUCUCACCACAUUUCACCUCUACACAAGCACGUGCCCGCCAAGUCCUCCCAUCGUGAUCCUCCUGCAUUCAACCACGUGCUCGCCAAGUCCUCGUACUUUGAUGCGCCUGUAGGCAACCAUGCGCACGCCAAGUCCUCGUAUCUUGAUCCGCCUGUAUGCAACCAAGCGCCCGCCAAGUCCUCGUAUCUUAAUCCGCCUGUAUACAAGCAAGUGCCCGCCAAGUCCUCGUACCUUGAUCCGCCCAUACGCAACCAAGUGCCCGCCAAGUCCUCGUACCUUGUUCCUUCUGUACGCAACCAAGUGCCCGUCCAGUCCUCGUACCUUGUUCCUUCUGUACGCAACCAAGUGCCCGUCCAGUCCUCUCACCUUCUUUCUCCUUUACACAACCACGUUCCCGCGAAGUCCUCCCAUCGUGAUCCUCCUGCAUACAACCACGUGCUCGCCGAGUCUUCCCAUCGUGGUACGCCUGCAUACAACCACGUGCUCGCCCAGUCUUCCCAUCGUGGUACGCCUGCAUACAACCACGUGCUCGCCGAGUCCUCCCAUCGUGGUACGCCUGCAUACAACCACGUGCCCACCAAGUCCUCCCAUCAUGGUACGCCUGCAUACAACCACGUGCCCGCCAAGUCCUCGUACCUUGAUCCGCCUGUAUGCAACCAAGCGCCCGCCAAGUCCUUGUACCUUGAUCCGCCUGUAUGCAACCAAGCGCCCGCCAAGUCCUCGUACCUUGAUCCGCCUGUAUGCAACCAAGCGCCCGCCAAGUCCUCGUACCUUGAUCCGCCUGUAUGCAACCAAGUGCCGUUACAGUCCCCCUGCCUUGAUCCGCCUGUAUGCAACCAAGUGCCCGUCAAGUCCUCGUACCUUGAUCAGCCUGUAUGCAACCAAGGGCCCACCAAGUCCUCGUACCUUGAUCAGCCUGUAUGCAACCAAGUGCCCGCCAAGUCCUACCUUAAUACGCCUGUAUGUAACCGAGUGCCCGUCAAGUCCUCGUACCUUGAUCAGCCUGUAUGCAACCAAGGGCCCACCAAGUCCUCUUACCUUGAUCCGCCUGUAUUCAACCAAGGGCCCACCAAGUCCUCGUACCUUGAUCCGCCAGUAUGCAACCAAGUGCCCGUGAAAUACCCCUGCCUUGAUCCGCCGGUAUCCAACCAAGUGCCGUUACAGUCCUACCUUUAUCUGCCUCAGCUCAACCACAUGCCCCUCCCGUUCGCCGAGUUUCAUCCGCCUGUACACAACGUGACCGCCAUGUCAAGUAUCCAACCGGUCACCAAUGCAGACGAUGCACUUUCGACCUUCCCGGGCUUUGCAUACGAGCGACGUUCUGUCGGAGGCGUCGUUUAUUUUGAAUCCUGCACCCUGCCAACGCACUGGGAAAAGUGACACUUAUUGUGAUUUUUAGAUUUGCCCCUGGCCGGGCGGCACCUGAUGGCGCUAAGUGACGCGUCAUCAUUUCCAUUUGUGAUUUUAGUCAUAUUUUCACUUUUUGUUCCUUUUACCGUGUAACUUUUUAUCUUCAUUAUCUUAUCUUCCCCAAUGCAUUUCUUUCUUUUAUUUCAUCAUUUUCCUAUCAUAUAAUUUCAUUCCGUACUGUAGCAGUCUCUUGCAAUGUGAAAUAUCAGAUCACCAAUACAUCCAAAGGCACACGCUGGAUCAACCGAAGGCGCAGAACAUCAUAAUCACGUUUAUUGAAUAAACACUUUCCGAGGAACCCUUCCCGCUGAGCAUCUUAGAACUGUAGACGUAACCGUUAACCAGUUAUUCUUUUAAAUUUUAAAGAAAUGCUAGUUUUCCUUUAAUAAAAAAAACUGCGCGUUGGGUAUUCUUUCAAUGGUUUUAUUUGUGCUGAUUUGAGGUAUACGCUAUGGCAGGAGAAAGUAUAGCAAAGUGAAAGUUUUAAUGUUUGAGUACCACCACGAACUUCAGUGUGAGGUCGCGGAUUUCAAAGUACUUAUUUUUUUUUUAAGUAAAAGGUGGUCAUAAAUAAAAAGAAACAAAUCAUUGAACUUGCUAACUUCAGUCUUUAAUUGCCUUUUCAGAAAGCAGUGUAGUUGAACUUUGCCGAUAAAAAAUUUACUACGCCCAGGAAGUCUCCGUCGGUUCUUGACUUCACGGCGAGUCGACGCACCAACUUCAAUGCUGUGUCACUGCCCGCCUUUUCUUCUUGCUUUGACUCGCCGAACCCCUUCUCAGUUGCUUUCUUAAAUUUUGUGGAAGGUUCGUUUGGCAUCGUACAUCGAGUAAGUUCUCUUUGCUGAUCCUUUAAAACUCGUUUCCAUACAUCUCUCAUUGGUUUCACGCGUACUGCUGCAUUGCUGGUGCGAGAUUUUACCUCACUUUCUUUGUAUUUAUUUACGCGUUUCUUUUUCACGGCAACGAGAGCCAGGACCUGGGGUGCUAAUGAAAGAACACACCCCCUCUCCCCUUCGUGAGUUCUUCAUGUAACCGUGCUCUUUAUAUCAUGCUUCGACCAAGAUAUUAUUUCAUUGUAAGAAUUUCAUUGUAAUCAAUUGUGCUAUUUCUUAUAUAAUGUCUCUUUCAUUAUGUCAUUCUGUUGUGUGUGACUGUUCGUUGUUGCGACUUUCAUGAAACCUCGGUAUAAAGCAUUUCCUUUCUUUCAA